AUGUGGCGCACACCCCCGUGCUACACGCUUGAUAUGUGCUGGCAUCCCGCGGCACCUGUCCGCUGCUGGAUUGACAUGUUCUCCCCGGAGCUCCGAGAUAAGGAGGAGGCGGCGAAAGGGCCUUUUCUGAUUGCCGGCACCGUCCGAGACCCCCUGGAAAUGGUGGUCUCCGCCUACUGCUAUCACCACCGGGGCGAGGAGGCUGUGGGCAACCUGAUGUUUUGGCCACCGGGCAGCGUCGCGGCACUGGGCCCCAAGAAGGGCGUCGCUUUCGUGGCCGAGCGCAUGACACAACUUGUCGAGAACAUGACAGCAGCUUUCGAGUUCCCGCGAAACGACACCCAUCGAGUGUCCUACGAGAAGAUCACCCGCUCGUCGGAGGGCUUCGACAAAGAGGUGAAUCGACUGCUGAUGUUUUGGUUCGACGGGCUGAUCCGCCCCGAAGAGCACCAUCGAGCGCUUGAAGCUGCCCGACUUGUCGACGUGCAUCGUCAUCCUGAGGCCGCCCCGGAGGACCACGCCAAUGAUGCAGCAUGCAUGGACGAGGCGCGGAAGGCCGUGUUUGCCAUGCCCAUCCAUCUGCUGGCACGGUACCGGGCCUUCCAGCGGAGACUGGGGUACUUGGCCUGA